AUGUUGCAAUCAACCCGGACUUUCACCCGCUCGUAUGAAGAUUACGAUUUGGCAAAGCUGUAUAAUGAACGAAGACCGGCAUACAGUUCCGAGAUACCAAAAAUAGUCAUCAGUUACAUGGAGAAGCAAAUGCAUGAUCGAAAAAACACUGGUAAAUUUUCUCGCAUGAUUGAUGUUGGAUGUGGGGGCGGCCAAGCCACUUCCAUGUUUUCUCCAUUCUUCGAAUCUAUUCUGGGAAUUGACAUAAGUGCCGCACAAAUUUCUGUGGCAAAGGGACUGUAUCCUGACUCUAAUAUGGAAUUUCAGACGGUAAAUGAUGAUCGAAUUCCUGCAGAAAAUAACAGCGUGGAUUUAGUGAUUUGUGCUACAGCAGCUCAUUUUCUAGACAUGGAAAUUUUUAAAAAAGAAUGUGAAAGAGUACUUAAACCAGGAGGAUGCGUUGCUGUCUUUGCGUACAUUAUUACGAACAUUCAACAAAUUAAUUCUACUUCUUCAACAGAACAUUCAAGCCAAGACUUAUAUAUCCAAAUACAUAACGAGUUUUUGCGUCGUUCGAAAGCUAGCCCGAAAAAUGAUUAUAUCGACAGCAGAUAUAAAAAUAUCUUCGAUAGGAUAAACGUCGAAAAUAAAUCAUAUAAUUCAACUUUAGUCGAAACCCGUCUCAGCACUCUUGCUGAAUACAAAUCUUGCAUGGCUACAAUUGGAGAAUACCACACAAUGUCGAAAAACAUAGAUUUUACAAUUGACCCUCUCGAUUGGUAUGAAUGCCGAAUUCGAAAGUUGGUGGGUGCUUCUGAAGAUGUAUCUAAUGAUGAAUUAAAACUGGCGUUAACGUAUGACUUCCCUUUGAUUCUUUUCCAUAAAUAUUCCAAGUUAUGAUUUUUCGAUUUUUGUUCGAGAUAAGGCAAUAUUUCAACUUUAUCCUGGCAGGUUGUUCGAUGAGGAAACAUUCAAUACGAUUCAAUGCACGUUUAUAACGCACUAUUAUACAAGCAAUGAGAGUAUUACAACUGAAAGAUAUCUAUUUCUCUGAAAUUGCCAAAUUUGUGCGUCACUUCAAAAAUCAUAUGCCACCUUCAAUAUUUCAAAACUUGGAAUCAAAACUCGAGAAUUUUUUCCACUUUUAAUGCCUGCAAUGGAUCAUAGAGUGUUACAGCUAGAUAACCUCCGUGGCUCUCCUUACCUGUGAUUUAGGAGUUUUUAUUUUAUUUUACAAAUGUAUGUUUAUUUUCAAUUUGAUUACAUGGUUAGGAAAUAAAUAUUAUUGUAUUAUAAAUAUCUGAAUAUAAAUUUAUACUGAAAUAG